AUGCUCUCUCACGCCGACCUCCUGGAUGCUCGGCUCGGGAUGAAGGAUGCUGCGGAGUUGCUCGGACAUCGAGAAGCUCUCAAGUGCCGGCUGGGAGGCGGUGUGCCAGACCAGGGGCAUCCAGGAGACAUGGCCCCUGGUUCAGACACUGUGGAAGGGACCACGCUCCUGCCGGGAGAAGACAUAGCGACGGUUGGAUCCAACUCGGCCGGCAUGCCGGUGAACGGGAAGGAUCAGGAGAAGCAGCAGCAGCAGCCGCCGCAGCAGAGUUCCGGUCAGACCGCCAGCCAGCAGAAACAGAAGCGGCACAGGACGCGCUUCACCCCGGCGCAGCUCAACGAGCUGGAGCGCAGCUUCGCCAAAACACACUACCCUGACAUCUUUAUGAGAGAGGAACUGGCGCUAAGGAUCGGUCUAACCGAGUCCAGAGUGCAGGUUUGGUUCCAGAACAGACGCGCCAAAUGGAAGAAGAGAAAGAAGACCACCAAUGUGUUCCGCGCCCCGGGGACGCUGCUCCCCACGCCGGGGCUGCCCCAGUUCUCUGCCGCGGCCGCCAUGGAGAACAGCCUGUGCUCCUUUCACGCCAAUGACUCCCGCUGGGCCACGGGGAUGCCGGGGGUCUCUCAGUUGCAGCUCCCGCCGGCCUUAGGUCGGCAGCCGGGCAUGGCGCAGUCCUUGUCACAGUGCAGCCUGGGCCCCGGGCCGCCGCCAAACUCCAUGGGCCUGUCCAACGGUCUGUCGUCUAACGGCUCCGGCCUGCAGUCCCACCUCUACCAGACGCCUUUCCCCGGGAUGUCAGCGUCUCUCUCCGGCCCCACGAACGUAACGGGCUCCCCGCAGCUGUGUAGUUCCCCGGACAGUGACAUGUGGAGAGGGACAAGCAUCGCGUCACUGCGGCGCAAAGCGCUGGAGCACACAGUGUCCAUGAGUUUCACUUAA